AGGUACAGUGACAACAUGAGCGAGUAUAAGAGACAGCUCAAGCAGAAGACCGAGGCAGGGGAGAUCAUGGAGACACCGCUGGGCAUGUCCGACACCUUUUGGACGGGACUCAAGGCAUACUGGGAUCAAGAUGAGGUUAAGGCCAUUUCUAGGCGCGCACGUGAGAAUCGAUACUCUGAGCCCGAUGGAGUUGGUACAGGGAUCAGUCGGCACGUUGGAGGGUCUCAGUCGAGUCGUAUUCUGCAGCAGAGUCUGCUCGUGGAUGGUGAAGUCCCCCCAACUGCAUCUAACUACAGCACUUUCCUCCGCCUACACAUGUACGCAGAUGGAACUUUUGUGUCAGAAAAGGAUGCCAACCUUGAUGCGGAGAUUCAUCGUGUUGCUGCUGAGACAGGACGAGAGGACCGACUCGAUGAGGUCUACUUGGAGCUCGUACGUCCCGGUAGGUCACGACUGUACGGCACUGGAAGUGACGGUGUGAGCCAGUUCAGUAGGGGGUCUACCAACAGUACAUGCUCUUUCCAGAUGUCUCAGCGGAUGUAUGAGACUCGGAUCUCCACACUGGAGGAGCGUCUCCAAAAGGCUGAGGAGGAUAGGGCGGCCCAAGAAGCAGCACGUGAGGCCGAACAAGCAGCACGUGAGGCCCUUGAGCAGCGGAUGAGUCAGUUCGAGGAGAUACUGAGGCGGUCGGGUCAGCUACCUUGAGCAUCACUUCUAUGUAUCUAUAUCAUGUUGAACUUUUUUUUUUAUGUUAUGUUUCUGAACAAACACAAUUACACUUGAACUUUGUUUAACAUUUGUGUUUUGUUGAACAAUUUAAUUGUUUUAUGUUU